CAGCUCUCAGCAACGCUGGACGUCGCGUCAAGCUGGAUCUCUUCGCGGAACCCUCUGGAGGUUUGGGUGGCUCCUCUGUAAAUGGCGAAGUUGGAGGGGGCAUAGAUCCGACACAACGUGCUGGAUUACCCAAUUCACCUUCAUCUUCAGGUGGGUUCCAUCAGUUUUCUUCAAAAAGGAUUAUGUAGAGAGCGCAUGAGUUUUGGUGGCAUGUUAUGUUGUUUGCCUCCAAGUAUUUGUUGUCAGAUUUUAGGUUGGCUGUGGUCAUGGGAAUAUACAUAUCAGAUCAGGUCGGGCCCUGCCACAGUGAAUUUUUGAAUGACUUCCGUUCUGUAAUCCACUGUUUCGCAGCAUCAAAGCAUUUUGGAGAUUUCGUCUCGAAUUUUUUUAUAUCGGUCAACCACCACAGAAUCCUCUUCUGUUACUUGGACAAUAUAGUGAUGAUGAAUUGGAUGAGGAAUCGAGUAAAAAGCCGAACCAUGCUGUUGCAGAGAAUUCCCCUUCAGACCAUGUUGAUCAGGAGGGACCAACUAGUGAUGGGAAAGAGGUAGAUUUCAAUGCAAUUGAAGAUAUAGCUGAUGAGAAGGUUGAACCACGGGACAUGGAGAGAGAUUCAACUUCAGUUGACAUUUUACAGCAUCCAGAAGGUGGUGAUUCUGGAGAAGGUGAUGGAACUGCCUCUGCUGACAAGUGCAAAGAAGUUGAUUCCACAAAGUUUAUCUCUGUCACUGGAAGUGGAACUUCUGAUGCACAGAGUAUUGGAGAUGUGAGUUCAGGAUGGAGGAUAGUAAUGCAUGAGGAGACGAAUCAAUAUUAUUACUGGAAUACUGAAACUGGGGAAACUUCAUGGGAAGUACCUGAUGUUUAUGCUCAGACUACAUCGACUUCUGAUCAGAAAGCUCCUGAAAAUGAAAAUGUGGAAACUGCUCUUGUGGAUACAAAUGCUGUUAUCUCAACAUUAGGCAUUGGAUUGGAUAGUUCUUCUGCUCCAUUUACUGUAGAUGGUUCAACUGGUGCCAAUUUGAUUAAUCAAAGCCAAGAAGUGUUUUUUAGUGGGUUACAAAUAGAUGAGUCAGUUGAAGGAUGCAAAAUUGAGACUCUGGAAGAUAAAAAUUGGGUAACUAGUGUAUACCAAAAUGAAUCACAAAUUAAUCACAGUGCAGCUAGUGUUCCCUUAGGUGCUGCUUUAACUAAUGAAAUUGGAGGGAUGGAUCUUUGUACUGAUCUUAUGAGACAAUGUGAGUGUUUGUUGGAGAGACUCAAGUCACUGAAAGGAUAUGGUAACCACCUGCAGUGUCAUGAACAGAUGUCAAAGUACAUUUUAGAACUAGAUAUUAGACUUUCUGAUAUCCAGUCACUUUCAUCUUAUGGGUCAACUUUGCUUCCAUUUUGGAUCCAUUCUCAAAGGCAGCUCAAAAAAUUAGAAGAUGCCAUUAACAAUGAAAUAUACCACCUUGCUGUAUCUGCACAAAUGAAUGAUGAUGUUGUGGCAACUGCCAAUAAUUCUAUUGAAGAAAAGGAAAAAUCUUGGGGAAGUGUCGGCAAGCAUUCUGACUCAGAUAGAUGUGAGAACAAUAGGAAAUCUGAAUUUGCAAGUGUUGCUGCCAAUGGUGAGAAUGAUUCACAUAAUGAUCCUUGCGAAAAUGUAUAUACCAGACAUGUUUUAUCACCUGAACAUUCAGAAGGUGGUGCUGUGGUUAGUGAAAAACUGAAUGCGACUUCUCACCUGGAUCAUUCUGGUGAAGAUGAUAUGGAUGUUGAUAUGGAAGUUGAAGAUGAAGUUCCAGAAAGCAUCGGAGCCUUGGGAGAUGAUUCAAGCACCAAGUUUAUUUCUCCAGCCAGGCAACCGGGUCAGCCAAAUACGCCUGCAGAAUACCCAACUUUGACAUCAGGGAAUGAAACAAGUGUUCCACCGCCCCCAGAAGAGGACUUGAUUCCACCACCACCCCCUGAUAGUGAUCAGGUACCUCCACCGCCUCCUGACAGUGAACAAGUUCCUCCGCCACCCCCACCUGAUGAGCCUCCUGAACCUUCAUAUCCUUUGCUUCCUUCUUAUCCAGAGACUCAUCAACCUCUCCCAUACACAGAACAAUACAACUUACCCUAUCCAGAUCCUAAUUUCCAAUAUUAUGGACAGACAGUUGCUGUCCCAAGUAAUAAUUUAUAUGGACAUGCUGAUGGAAGUCAGGUUGGCGUGUCCCAUGCAUCACUUUAUUAUGAAACAGUUGCCAAUACAUAUGUGGAAACCACUCCAGUCAUAGUUAGCCCAGUUGAGCCAGUAGCAUAUUAUAACCUUCAAGAUGGAUCAAUGCCUUCUCUGCCUGAUGUUAGAGUAGAAUCUUCUUGUUUGCACUCUGAAUCUGUUCCUGGUUGUUAUGAUGCUUUUGCUUCUGAUCAAAUUAGAACUGUUGAUAAACCAGCUGAAGCAGGACAAAAUCUGAAACUUGAUGUUUCAGCUGUUGUCAGCGAGACAAUCACAGCAUCUGAGGGGCUGUCUUCUAACUCAGUCACUACUGAAACUCCUUCCACAACUAAUGUGGCAGAGAAUGUUUCUGCGCCUGCAAUAAAUCCUGGUAAUGCUGCUAAGGUUCAAUCCAAAGUUCCUCGCAGUAAAAAACGGACAGUUGCUGUUGCACCCUCAUUGAGGUCUAACAAGAAAGUUUCUAGUUUGGUGGACAAGUGGAAAGCAGCUAAGGUGGAGUUGAAUGAGAAUGAGGAAAACGAACCUGAAAAUGCUUAUGAGAUGUUAGAGAAGAAAAGACAAAGGGAAAUUGAGGAAUGGCAUGCUAAACAAAUUGCCAGUGGAGGGGCCAAAGAUAAUGCCAACUUUCAGCCUUUAGGCGGUGAUUGGCGUGAGCGAGUGAAGCGCCGAAGGGCUCAAGCAGCCAAGGAAGAUGCAAAGACACCACCAGAGGCCCCCAUCGUUGAAAACAAGCAACCUGAUGUGGCAGAACUCUCAAAGGGACUUCCAUCUGGUUGGCAGGCAUAUUGGGAUGAAGCAUCAAAACAGGUCUAUUAUGGAAAUGUUAUCACAUCAGAGACGACAUGGUGCAAGCCAACGAAAUAACCACCAUUGAAUUUUAGAGAUGCAAUCUCAUUUGUAAUUAAAUACAUUUUUGGUUGUAGUAGUGAUGGCUAGUUUCAUUAUUUCUUUUUGGAGUUCUUUCUUUUAAAAAUUUCCCCCCAAAUGUCUUCAUUUGCCAUGGCUCUUCAUUGUUUCUAUAUUUGGUGCUAGGUUCUGGAGUACAUGGUUUAUUCUUAUUUCUUGAGUUUGGUUAAAGAAAAUUUCUUGUAACUUUAGGGAGCAAUACUGCAGAAUUCUAGGCACCGGCUGAUCAAUGAUGAUUUCUUUGAAGGGAUAACGUAAAA